GAGAAUCCUUAUCUAUGAAAGGACUACUGAUAUGUUACUACUACUAAUAUUGGCGACUUUUGUAUGUCUUCAGGCGGCCACGGGUAGCGUUCUAUGGAAAGUUCCUACUCGUAGGCCCUUUUUAACGGUCGAAAGCUCCCCUGAACCCAUCGAUGGGGAUGUAUUUCGAAACAUGUACACAUACGCUCAUCUCAUCGAUAUAUCAUACUGUAUAUCCACCACCUCCAAACUCAAAGAGCCGUUCGCAUGUGACUUGGGGUGUGAAACAAGCUUUCCAAAUGUGACCCUAGUGUACCAGUGGUAUUUUGAUGACUCGGUAUGCGGGUAUAUUGCUACUACUUACUCAGAUGUGUUUAAUCGUCAAACCACAAACAAGAAGAAGAAGACCAUAAUUGUUUCUUUGAGAGGAACCCGGUCAUUAGUCGACACUUACACAGAUAUAAAGGUAGAUAUGGUGGGAUAUAACAACGCUGGGUAUACCCUACGAAAUUGUGGGCCUAAUUGCAAGGUUCAUCGGGGUUUUUACAGCUACUUCUCCCAUACACUUGCCAACAUCGGUGAAAUACUCCAACAAGAGUUGGAAACAGAUGAAGACUACGAACUUUUGAUUCUUGGUCACUCUCUUGGUGGUGCAGUUGGUGUUCUCCUUGGAGUACACUUCUUGGACCUUGGUUAUGACAAGAUGACUUUGGUAACUAUGGGUCAACCAUUGGUGGGAAAUAAGCCGUUUUCUCUGUUUGUGGAUACGGUGAUGGGAAGCUCGUUGCCGGUGGAAAAUAGCGGCUUUGAACGCAAGUUCUACAGAGUUAUUCACAAAGGCGAUGUGGUUACCACCAUACCUAGCAAUAAUAACAUUUUGGAUUCUUACAGCCAGUUCAACAACCAGAUCUAUUUGAACUGCUCCCACUCGCAGGCAAAUCCCCUGAACGAACAGGUGGUGGACUGUCUAACAGGAGACAAUCCAAGAUGUAUUGAAGGUGACUUCGACAAGAUGUUUGGAUACUUGACAAACAAUUUUCUACAGACCCACACCACGUAUUUUAGGUCGAUGGGUUUGUGCGGUAUACGCUUAUGGUAAUGUUAUUUGUGUUAUAUAUGUUAGUUUCUUGUGAAUUGAAACCGUGGCAUGUCAUCAAGAUCGUCAUCGUAAAAGUCGUCGAGGGGGUUUUUUGUGGGUUUGGAGGUAUUGUGUCUUGCGGGGCUGGCUUUUGAAGGCAUUUCCACCACUUGAGAUUGAGAUUCGUUACUAACAAAGAGGUCAUUGGGAGGAAUUAUUGGCUGGGAGUCGGCUUCAGCAUUAGAGGAUUGAAAUACAAUGCCUUCGAUAUAGUCGUCACUUUUGGAUUCCUCAAAAAACGUUGGGAUUCCAGAAGUACCACUGGAAGGGUCUCCAACGCUGACAAAUGUUCUGGUGACUCUAGACUUCAAAGUCAUAUUCUUCUUGAAGUUUUUGAAAUUCUUGCGGCCUUCGUAGAGUAUACCUCUUUGGGUAGUAUCAGGUCUUUUUCUGAGCUUGAUAUCAACAGUUUCGACAAUUGCUAGAGUUUCCAACAUCAGUUCCACCGAAUCCUCAGGAAUGUUGUUUUCUUUGUUCAAACCAAGGUCUUUUUUUAUGCUUUCAUUCAUAUGUUCCUUAGUAGACUUUACAGCAUCGAGAAACCCAACACUAACA